GAUAUAUCUUCUCGAGACUGAAGCAUUCAAGGGUGCUCCCUGCAAAGUACCAACCUCCGGCCGCAUAGCUCGUGACUUCACAGCUUCCCAGGGAGUCGGUCAAACAUGGGUCUUUCCAAGGUCAUAUGUGUCGGCGCCGGACCUAGCGGUCUUCUCCUGGCCCUACUCCUGGCCAAGAACGGCAUCAACGUCGAACUCUUCGACGCCGACAAAGCUGUCAGCGAGCAGCCACGAGCGGCACACUAUGCACCACCCGCCGUGGCGGAAUUGAGGCGGGCAGGUGUGUACGACGACGUCGCCAGUGCAGGCUACAUGCCUCGAGACUUCACAUGGCGAAAACCGGACGGCACGCCCGUAGCCAGUAUGUACUUCGACGUCAUCACGCCCGAGGAAGACCGAAUGGUGGUCCUGCCUCUGAACCAUCUCUGCAAGAUCCUCUACAGCCACCUCGAGGCUCAGCCGAGCGCCAAGGUGCAAUGGAACCACAAAGUCGUCGACAUAGGCCAGGACGGCGACAAGGCGUGGGUGAUGGUCGAGACGCCCGAAGGCCACCAGAAGCACGAAGCAGACUACAUCAUCGGAUGUGACGGUGCCAACAGCCAAGUCAGGCGGUCGCUCUUUGGAGACCUCAACUAUCCCGGCGAGACGCUCAAUGCACAAAUCAUUGCGACAAAUGUAUACUACGACUUCCCAAAAUACGGGUAUUCGGACACAAACUAUUUCAUCCACCCAACGAAUUGGCAUAUGGUAGCAAAGAUCACCAACGACGGCUUGUACCGGGUCAGCUAUGCCGAAGUCGCCGGGCUCUCCAACGAGGAGUACCUGGAGAGACAGCCUCGGCGAUACCAAGAACUCCUCCCGGGCUCCCCCAAACCUGGCGAGUACAAAAUCGUCAAUAUCAGCCCGUACAAGAUGCAGCAACGAUGCGCUCCGAGUUUCCGCGUCGGCCGAUUCAUCCUGGCCGCAGAUGCGGCUCAUCUGUGCAACCCAUUCGGAGGCCUAGGACUCACAGGAGGCAUCGCCGAUGUAGGAAGUCUCUUCGACUGCCUCCACGGCAUCCACAAAGGUCUGGCCAGCGACAGCAUCCUUGACAAAUACGCCGACAUACGCCGGAAGAUCUGGGAAGAGGUCAUCAAUCCAUCUUCCCGGGAGAACUUCAAACGGCUCCAUGACCAAGAUGCAGAUACGGCAGGUCAAAACGACCCGCUGUUCCAGUUGUGCCACAAGGCCGAGACGGAUAAGAAUCUCGCUCGCGAGUUGUGCCUGGGUCUCAAUAUCCUCCGGCACGAUUUCACUCAGUACUACGACAAGCCUGCGGGAUAGAGCUCGCCGCGAUAUUUGCGGACAAAGUUGACCUAGAUCAAUUCCUUUUCCACGAGGCGGUUACUUAGUUACUGUACAUAGUAUUCUAUUCACUCACACGAGCUUGCCCUGCGUUCAGAUCUAGCAGAAUUGACAUGACACGGCAGCUAAAGUGAUCCACUCUACUUUGUACUCGUAGUUAGGUGAUAGUUGACUUACGACGGCGCUACAAUGACUAAGCAAG